AUUCAGGGAACAACCCGUCCUUUCAAAACAACGCCACCGUCUCUGCUCGCUGACCGUCGCCCGUUAACCGGGGUGCACAUCUGUACUAUUCAUGGGGGGUUAAACAUUGUAAGUGCAUACGUGAAGGACUGAUCUACCUCUGCUGUAAGCCACCUAUCUGUGGCCGUUCUGAAUUUUCAAAAUCAAAUGGCAUCAGAAGAAAUGGAAGGCAUGUGUCCUCUGCCCGAGAUGAACAACAUCAAGGUGGAGCCCUCCGUAAGCAUUGGCACGACGGAGGAUGCUGGCUCACAGAAUGUGGCCAUGGGCAUAAAAUUCAUCUUGCCCAACCGCUUUGACAUGAACGUGUGCUCCCGCUUCGUGAAGUCACUGAAUGAAGAAGACAGCAAGAACAUCCAAGACCAAGUUAACUCUGACUUGGAAGUGGCCUCAGUCUUGUCGAAAGGUCGAAUCUUUCUUUCCUUUUUCCCCAAAUCUCCAGCGGAAUGCAAUAUCCAGACUUCUCCUUCUCCCGGAAUUCAAGUUAGGCAUGUUUACACACCGUCCACCACCAAGCACUUCUCUCCAAUAAAACAGUCAACAACGCUAACCAACAAACAUCGCGGCAAUGAGGUCUCGUCAACCCCACUUCUUGUUCACUCUCUUUCAAUUCACCAACUUGCAGCACAAGGUGAAAUGGUGUUCCUAGCCAGUCGAAUAGAGCAAGAGUCAGUCAUAAACCUGCAGGACGAAGAGGGCUUUACUCCACUCAUGUGGGCGGCAGCUCAUGGUCAGAUCGCAGUUGUGGAAUUCCUGUUACAGAGUGGUGCGGACCCUCACAUCUUGGCAAAAGGAAGAGAAAGUGCAUUGUCGUUAGCCUGCAGUAAAGGCUAUACAGACAUAGUCAGAAUGCUUAUUGAUUGUGGCGUGGACGUCAAUGAGUAUGACUGGAACGGAGGAGCCCCUAUACUUUAUGCUGUCCAUGGUAAUCAUGUCCGUUGUGUGGAAAUCCUCUUGGAGAAUGGAGCUGACCCAACCAUGGAGUCUGACUCAGGCUUCAAUGCUAUGGACAUGGCUGUGGCAAUGGGCCAUAGACAUGUUCAACAGGUCAUGGAAGCACAUCUACUGAAGCUGCUACAAGGAAUCAAAGAGUAACUGUUACUGAGGAAGAAGAACAGGAGAGAAAGAAAAUGAAUAUGACUGAAUCACUGAGGAGGUCUGUUAGACAUAACAGAUGAACUGGACAAUUCACUUUGCAUGUUUACAGUACUCAUGUGGAAGCCACUUCGGCUGUGGUUUCUACAUCCGUUAUGUUUUUUGUUUUUUUUUGGUAAUUCUUACGACAGUGUGCAAAAAAUGUGAAGGCAUCCAUGAAGUUUUAUGUAUUGUGUCUAUUUAUUUAGAUUUGUGGACUAUGAUUUUGUGAAGCUGUUCUGUGUGAACUCCAUAUAGGUUUUUUUUUAAAUGAAAUAAUAAAAAAAAACUAUUUGCAUUACGUA